AUGGCGGCAGACAAGCCAGGCCUGGCCAAGCAGGACCUCGCCACCCUCGACGUCUCCACCCUCAACCCGCUCUCGCCCGAGGUCAUCUCGCGCCAAGCGACGAUCAACAUCGGCACCAUCGGACACGUGGCGCACGGCAAGUCCACCGUCGUCAAGUCCAUCUCUGGCAACGAGCUCGAGCGCAACAUCACCAUUUAG